GUUGCCUACAUGUAUUUUUUAGUAAUUAAAUAUCGACAGAAAAAAGUAAAGAGAACUUGUUUAUUGAGUAUAACAUGGCCUAUUGGCGCCAAAACGCACUCUGCUCUCUGACGUGGAUGGACUGAAGUGGAGAGAGUUCAGCGCGAACCAAUGGCAGCACGAUGGGCGGGGCCUGUGGACGUCAUUAUUCAACCCUUCAGAUUCAGCUUGAGAGAGAACUGUUACUAAAAAAGUGCCUUCACUACACAUAAUGGCAGAAUUCGACCAACAGCAUGAUGAACCUGCACUUUUCACUAAAGUAACUGUUUAUUCUCUGCUCGCCUGUGUGGCUCAGUUUGCAGUCGGCUUUGCUUUCGCUCAAAAAUGGGGCAAUAAAUGUUCAACUGUUGACCGGUGGGUCCUCGUGUGGUUAUUUUACGACGCAAUAGUUCAUUUUACUCUGGAGGGACCAUUCGUCUACAUGUCACUUGUUGGAAAUGUGGCAACUUCAGACAAUCUGCUGGCAGAGUUAUGGAAAGAAUAUGGCAAGGCAGAUGAGCGAUGGCUAUAUUCAGACCCGACAAUAGUUUCUCUAGAGCUUCUGACUGUGGUUUUAGACGGUUCAUUGGCCCUACUUCUGAUCUAUGCCAUCAUUAAAGACAAACAUUACAGGCACUUUGUUCAGAUCACACUCUGUGUUUGUGAGCUAUACGGAGGCUGGAUGACCUUCUGUCCAGACUGGCUGAUAGGAAGCCCAAACCUGAACACCAGCAACUGGCUGUACCUGUGGGUCUACCUAGUGUUCUUCAAUGGCAUCUGGGUGCUGGUGCCUGCACUCCUGCUCUGGCAGUCAUGGAAGGAUCUAGGAAGAAUCCAUCAGCAUCCAGAGAAGAAGAACAGAUGAUUCAGAGGAGGACUAAUAAUUAGUAAUCAUCUUUAGAGUCAUUACAUAUUAGUGAUGAUUCUAGAAUUGUGGGUCCAAUUUGCAUCUUUUAGAUAAGCCUUAUGUUAUUUUUUAAAAACCAAAACGUUAAUAAUAACACAUUAUAUCAAGUUUUCAGUUUUUUUUUUAUCUGGGAAAAUAUUCACUAAUUACUCCUAUUUUUUGCCGUCUUGAAUUACACAUUAUGCUAUAAUUGUGAAAUUAGUCUAAUUUUAUAUUUAUGUGUGUGUUUAUUCUACUAAGUAAAAUAAACAUUCGCAUGAAACGUC